AUGAUUGCCCUUUCUGCAACUGAUGCAUUGACGCUAAUUAUAACUUUUCCACUAGGAUUCCAGAGAUGCAAAGGAUUUCUCAAAGUUUGCCCGAAACCUUGGUUCAAGACUCUUCGACUCUGGAUAUCUUACUACACCACUUACUUUCAUUUUCCCAUCUCAAAUUCAUCUGAAACUGCCAGCAUUCUCCUAACGCUCUUCCUUUCUAUCGAACGGUAUGUUGCUAUGCACAAGUUGAGUUGCAAAAAAAUUUGGCGACCUCGAGUCAACUUAAAGAAGCUACUCUGUUGUUCGCGAAAGUUGGGUCUUCAAACAUAUGAAAGUAGUUCCAAUAGCUGUUGCCUGAAAAUAACCAUGACAUAUCCAACAUCAAAUGGAACGAGGAAGAAUAAUGAUUUUAAUAUAAAGUGGAAAUUAGAUUUCACUGAGUUUGGUAAAUCACAAACAUAUUCCGUAUAUACAUGGCUACGCUCCAUAUUUGUGUACAUUAUUCCGCUUCUACUCCUGUGCAUUUUCAACUUCUAUCUUGUGAAAUUCGUCCGAACAGCCAAUUCGCGUUGGAGAUUAUCAAAGCGAAAUCCAAAGCCACCCACAUUUUCCCCGGAUGCAGUGCCCGAAUCGACGGUUUUUAAGACUGGAAUUGGAGUCAUUAGUGGAGCUUCUUUCCGCAGAAACGAACGACGUCAGGCAGCUCAGAGAAAGCUAACAAUUCUUUCAGUCGCCAUUGCGGGCAGCUUUAUGGCUGGUCAAAUGCCCCAAGCCCUGGCAUAUGCAUCAAAUUACCAGAUUUUUCAUGGUCUUUUCGGAGGGUGUCGUAGUUCUCUUGGAUGUUGCCCACCUUACAGAAUUUACCGUGCCGUAACUAACUGCGUGUGUUUGAUCACCUAUUCAACUAACUUCUUCCUAUAUGCCACACUAAUUCGUCAUUUUAAGCAUCAAUUGAUGAAACAGUUUGGAAUUGGCAUACGAAAGAAAAGAAUUACGUCGGUGGCGCGAUACGAAAUUACACCAAAACUGGAUAAAAACAGCUGUAAAAGAAAACAAGAAACCACUGAUGUCAUUAGGGUACCUCUGUCUGUUGAUACUUGCCAAUCAGGAGGAAAAACUCUAUCUGCAAGUGAAGCUGUUUUACCGACAGAGACAAACAAGUUGCUUAACAAUUCCGAUUCCCACUCCUAUGAAGACCAUGUUUGGAAAGUGAAUAUUAGGGUAUCACCUGAAGAGGGAGAAAGAUCAGUAACUCUUCCCAGUGCAACACCAAAGAGAACUAUUUGUGCAACUCAUUCUCAUUCGAUUUCGUUACAAAGACCUAAGAGAUCUCUGAGCGAAUCCUUCUCAUCACAAUUAAAAUUUCCCGCACCUGCUUUUCUAUUCUCCAGUGAACCACUUCGUCUCAACUCCAUUUUAAAACUCUCAGGAAUCAACAAUUGA